GACAGGCAGCAUGAGCCGUGUCAUCGUCAAGGGCAAGGCGGUCGUCGAUCCUCUCUCCAAGAUGGCCGAGUCGGGCACGGUGCUGCAGGAGGCCGAUGGCACGGUGUGGUCGGUCAUGCUCACGCUCACCGACGUCUCGUUUGGCGUCAAAGGACACAACAAGUUUUACGCCAUCCAAAUCAUUCUGCGCGAUACGGCGGUGCACGAAGCGCAUGUCUUCUUCAAGUGGGGCCGCAUCGGCGCCAAGACGCCGCAGCGCAAGCUCAUGGGCCCCAUGACGGUGGACGCGGCCAAAGCGCUCUUCACCGCCAAGUUUGAGCUCAAGACGGAGAACGCGUGGCCGCUCCAUUCGGCAGCGUUCGAGCCCGUGCCCCACAAGUACACGCUCAUCGAACUGGACUACACCGGCGACGACACCGACAACGCACCGACGACGACGACGGCGCCGGUUGUCGACGUGCCACCCUCGCGACUACCGCCGUCGGUCCAAGCCUUUGUCAAGAUGAUCUGCGACGUCGACUUGAUCGCGCAAGAGAUGGCCGAGAUGCACUUGGAUCUCAAACGCAUGCCAUUGGGUAAGCUCUCCAAGCACCAAAUCGACAAGGGCUACGCGAUUCUCGACCGCAUCUCGGGGGUGCUGCAAGACAUGGCCAGUCUCGAAGCCGAAAAGCCGACCGAGAACGACGACGACGCAGAGGAGGUGACGCGCUCGACGCGCCGUCGGUCAACGCGCAAGAAGGCACUGCCGACGAAGCUGCGCACGCAGCUCACCAAGUGCAAGGCGCAGCUGAAAUCGCUUUCGAGCGAGUUUUACACACUCGUGCCGCACGACUUUGGGAUGCACUUGCCGCCCGUGAUCGACUCGAUCUGGGAGCUCAAGCUCAAACUGGACCUCCUUGAAGUGCUCUCGGACGUGGAGAUUACGCAGAGAAUGAUCCGAGACAAGGCCGUCGUCGAUAUGAACCCCGUUGACGCCCACUACGCAUCGCUGCACACGGAAAUGGAAGAAGUCGACGCAUCUUGCGACGAGUUCAAGCGCAUUGCCGAGUACAUUGCGCUCACGCACGCGCCAACGCACCGCCAGUACGCGCUCCGAGUCGACGCCAUCCACCGCGUCCAACGCGAGGCCGAGAUGUCACACACGGCCCUCUUUGACGCCGUUGGCAACCACCAGCUUCUCUGGCAUGGCUCGCGCCUCGCCAACAUUGCGAGCAUUCUGACCAAGGGCCUGCGCAUUGCGCCGCCCGAGGCGCCGUCGACGGGCUACAUGUUUGGAAAAGGGGUGUACUUUGCCGACGUGGCGUCCAAGUCGGCCAACUAUUGCUGGGCAACCGCGACGCAAACCAAGGGUGUGCUUAUGCUCGCCGAAGUGGCGCUCGGGAAGACCCAUGACGUGCUCGAAGCGGAAGAGUUCAGCUACGACAAGGUCGAGCGCCUCGGGUGCGACUCGGUCUUUGGCAUUGGCCGCAUGACGCCGGCCACCGAGACCCACAUCACGUACGAUAAUGGCGUGCGAAUGCCCAAGGGUGAGCUCGAACCCACGGACGCCGACGGCUCGCUCCUCUACAACGAAUACGUCGUCUACCGCACCGAGCAAGUGCGUAUCCGCUACGUCGUAACCUUGCACUUUGACUUUACGACGGCAUGA